GGCCCGCUGGCUCGUUCGAUAUGGCUGACUUGGUAUCCCUAUUACUCAUCCCUGCUGUCCCCCUCCCCCUCGUCCCCCAUGUCAUCAUCCGGGUAGGGACGUUCUUGUCAUCGAUUCAUCCCUUCUCCAUCCAUCCUCGUCCUCUCCUCCCUCGCCCUCACCCCGUCUGUCCUCCCCCUAUCUAGCCCCAAUGGGUUCCGCAACCAGAGAGGUGGGGCUGGUUCGCAUUAGGCAGAGGAACCUGCAGCACAUCAUGGCGGUGGGAACCUGCGGCAACAGGAGUAUCAUGCUCUCGGCGGCGCUCGCCCUCGUCCUCCGCGGGGAGGCCAGGGCCAGUGCGAUCCUCGAGCAGGCGAAGGAGUGCGACGUCGCACUCGAGAAGGUGCUCGGCAGACUCUUCGGCCGGCUGACCUCGCAGCAGGGCGGCUCGCAGUGGCGGGCAGCCAGAGGGGGCUCCAGGGAGCCCAGCGGCGGCAGGCGACACCACGACGCAGGCGCGCGCGACGGAGGCGGUGGCCGCAAGCGGCGCCGCGAAGACGAGGGCCGGCGCGAGGUUCGCUUGGAGGGCGGCGGCUCCAGGAGCCGCGGCCGGUGGCGGGGGCGCGAGCAGGACUGCCGCAGGAGGAGGUCCGACCCAGACCGCCACCUGUGGUAGCACGGCGGCACGCGAGCCUUUCUCGUUCCCAGAUUUCCUGAGCGCCGCGGGCAAGCCACGACGAAGCGCAGUUCCGGACUCUGGGCCUCCCCCUGGGAGUCCCAGGGGGGGAAGGGGGAAGGGCCUUAGCGGGCCAUUGGCUCCGUCGAGGAGCGCCCCGCGGCAGGCUUCGGGGGGCGACGUCGGAAUCUGGCCCAUCUUUUGUCUUUCGUUUUCAUCGGGUGCACCGUGAGGCUGAAGGAUGCCAGCCGUGCACCAACACCGACCCUGGCCAGGCCGACUCCUGCGCACAGGAUCGGCUUCAAUCCACGCUUCUUCCCAGACGGGCCCAGUGGGCGCGUAGCCAUCGGUCGUUGAACGUGGGUAUUUUGGAACUCCCAGAUGCC